GAGAGCAGCCCAGGCCACACGCGCAAACACGCACUCUUCUAGAUCACCGUCAUCAUGAAGCUGUUUGUUGCCUGCUGUCUGCUGGCGAUGGCCAGCGCCGCUCCCCAGCUGAUUCAGAACACCAGCCCCAUCAACGUUGGACAGCCACAAGUGCGGAUCUUGUCAGAACGGUUCGAGAAUGACGACUCUGGUAACUACGAGUUCAGCUACGAACAGGACAACGGACAACGGAUGGAGGAGAUUGGCCGGUUCCAGCCGGGUCCCGAGCCGAAGACGGGCUCCCUCAGCCAGCAAGGUAGCUACGAGUAUGUCGGCGACGACGGCAAUACCUACCAGGUGUCGUACGUGGCCGACGUCAACGGCUUCCAGCCGCAGGCCAACCACCUGCCGGUGGCGCCGCAGCAGAUUGAGGCGUACGCCCAGCUGAGGGCUGACUUCCCACAGCUGUUCUGGGCAGAGGGGCUGAGCGCUGGCCGACAAGUGGACGAAUUCGGACAGCCUACCUUCGAGAACCGCGGCGACCGCAUCACCCGCUAGACGGACUCGGUAGCGUCGCGCCCCGACAGACUAGUCUCAGACUCUGCGCCGAUAGACUGGUCUCUUGUUUCUGCCCUGGGACUGUUACCCGACAUUGCUUGGACCGCAGGCUAUUGCCGCGGUCGACGAUAUUGGAAUAAUGAGCUCAAUGUAUAUAAUAUACUUGUGAACUGAA